UAUUGGGUCUGGAUAUGAUGCCCUGCUUGAAUCACUCAGAAAUAAGUUUAAGAAGGAAAGGCAGCCUCUUGUUGCCAACAAUGAAAUACAGCGACUGAAAGAGAGAUGGGCAAGAAGGAAGCGACCUCUUCAGACAGCGGAAGCUUAUCCAAGUACCAUGGUUGAUGCAGGAGAAGAUGAAAGAAGCAUCAGGGAACAUCUCCGAGUAAUAAAGGAGGAAACCGAGAAGCUUAGACCAAACUUGGAGCUUCUUAAAGAAAGGAUGGCGCUGAUAAAAAUCUACCGGAGACACUUUGUGUCUAACCACAGCACGGAGGAGAUUAUCUCUAAAUUUCCAUGUUUCAGACUGGCCAAAAUGCUCCUUUGGGAUCUGAGAGACCGUACCAACGUUGAUGUGGACCAACAGAUUCUCUCUCAGCUCUCGGUAAUGGCACCUAAAAUCCUUAAAGUUUCACGGAGUCCCCUGAUGGAGAAGUUCAGGUGUGUGGUUGAUGACUGUGAAGAUGGCAGACUGAAAAAAGGACUACAGUUGGAAGCAGCUAUUCUGCUCUUGCCUGCACUGUUUAAGGAGGACCCGGGGUUGCUGUUUGAAGUUGAGGGCCAUGCUCAGACCUGCCCUCCUGACACACCAACACCUAAAAUGGUGCUCAAAGGCUGCAGGGAGGGUAAUCCCAUGCAAUACGACCACAUUGUCGUCAUGUUGGAUGGCCAGUCCAUUACUGAGGAGAGUGAGGACAUCUCAAUGGCACUGGGCCUCAUCCUUUGCACAUAUUUUCUGUUUGGGAUCCAAUAUCCUAAAGGACUGAAAAAGACACUGACCUUCCUGGAGUGCAUUGUCUUAAAAAUGAAGGAUGCAGCCGGACUUCCCGUCACAAUUAAAAGAGUGUACAGCUCAAUCUGUGCAUAGAGUCUCUCUGUCUCUCUCUCAUAUUCCAUUUUCUAUUUUUUCAGCCAGUGUUGUUAGUUAAAAAGCACUGAUUAUAUUUGCAACUAAAAUAAAUGAAUUAAACUGUUAAAA